UCCUCCAGGAAGGACAGCACUGUCUCAGCCUGAGCCUCCGCUGUGCUGGGAAUCUUGGAUGGCCGUGGAGACCCCUGAGACAGGGCUGGGAAGCAAACUGAAGGACGAGCUAGGGGCUUGGGCCCAAUUUCUUCACCCUGCAGGUGCUCUGGGUGCAGAAGCUCCUCCUUGCUCCUGUGUUUGUGAUGGGACACAGGAUCUUCAAAGGGGCACUUUGGGCAGCAUCCGGGCAGUGUCCAGGUCCAGGUGGUGGCUCUCUGCAUCCUCUGACAGCAAGAGCCCUUGGUGGUACCAUGGUGACCUCACGCGGCAUGCAGCAGAGGCCCUGCUCCUGUCCAACGGGCGUGAUGGCAGCUACCUCCUGAGAGACAGCCACGAGCAACCGGGCCAGUACUCCCUGUCUGUGCGAGCCAAAGAUUCUGUUAAGCACUUUCAUGUUGAAUACAGUGGAUAUUCAUUUAAAUUUGGAUUUAAUGAAUACUCAUCUCUAAAGGAUUUUGUCAAGCAUUUUGCAAACCAGCCUUUAAUUGGAAGUGAAACAGGCACCCUGAUCGUGCUCAAACACCCCUAUCCCAAGGAUGUGGAGGAGCCAGCCAUCUAUGAGUCCGUCCGGGUCCACACGGCGAUGCAGACAGGGAGGACAGAGAGCGACCUCAUGCCUACUGCGCCCUCCCUGGGCACCAAGGAGGGCUACCUCACCAAGCAGGGCGGCCUGGUCAAGACCUGGAAAACAAGAUGGUUCACUCUGCACAGAAACGAACUGAAAUACUUCAAAGAUCAGAUGUCACCAGAACCAAUUCGGAUCCUAGACCUCACAGAAUGUUCUGCCGUCCAAUUUGAUUAUUCGCAGGAAAGGGUAAACUGUUUUUGCUUAGUAUUUCCAUUCAGGACUUUUUAUCUCUGUGCGAAGACAGGAGUAGAAGCUGAUGAAUGGAUCAAGAUAUUGCGAUGGAAAUUGUCACAAAUAAGGAGACAGCUCAACCAGGGAGAUGGCACUAUCCGAUCCCGGUCAUUCAUCUUUCAGUAGGCCUUUCUGCCAAAGAGCACCGAUCCGCGAGCAGGGUGAGGUGCUGCCUGCCUGACACGGAUCCCUGGCAGGCUUAGGCAACAGCCGAGGGGAGCAGCUGCGGCCUGGGACCCAUGUUGUGUGGCUGCAGACCCAUGGAACCCCACUUCCUCCAUAACACCACCGCUGCUGCUGCUGCUGCUGCCCCCGCCCGGGUCUGCUGGCUCAGGACACACAGGGAAAGGACAGCAUCCCCAAGGCAUCCCAGGCCGCAGACACUGUCAUCCGGGCCCCCUUCUGAAUUGCCUGGUCAAGUUCCCAGCCUCCAGCUGUGCUGUGAUCACAAGGUUCCAGGAGACUUAGGACAGAUACUCCUCACAAUGCAAAUCCAGUAGCAAGCAUGGCAGACUUGAAGGAGGGGUCAUGAGUUGCUUUUUCUUUAUACAAAAGUUUCCAAAACCAAAAAUGUAAAAUGUUUGCCAUGAUUAUUUCUCCUUUUAAAAGUCUUAGAGAUUUAGUGGUCCUUUUCUUCUAAUAAAACUAUCAAGGAAUGUCCUAUGGGUAAGACAACAAAGGGAAAUGAAGGUGCAAUCUUUAAAACAUCUCUUGUAACCAUUUUGGGGGAAAUGUCUGAAAAAGAAAAUAUAAGGAGGAAGGGUAAUAAAAAGUAACUUGUAGUUUAACAAUAGUAACUACAGGGGCUGGGGAUUUAGCUCAGCGGCAAAAGCGCCUGCCUGGCAAGCGCAAGGUCGUGAGUUCGGUUCCUGG